AUGAAAGUAAAUUUAACACCGGUAUGGUACAAGCAGCCAAUUUACCUCGAGCGUACCGCCAGCUAUAUACCCAGGCGUUUCAAGCUAGAUGCCACAAGAGGGGCGAAGUUUCAGGCGCAUAGCUGUGCCGCAAUAGACCUCGGGUUCUCAGGCCAGUGUUGCUACUGCGCGACAUCUUCCCGCUCGUUCAAGCAAGGCGGUCUCGAUCCCUCAAAUUUCAGCUAUUGUAUUCAUGCCAUGCUUGAAGACCGUUCAGAAAAUAACUUUACCAAUCCAAAUCACAUUUGGUUGCUUGUAUCGCUGUCCCGUGCUCUCGCGGCGUGUCCAAAGGGUGCCCCAGCCAAUAAUUGGCUUGUUAAGCGCCCUCUCCAAGAGUCUUUUUUGGAGAGUGCUCCGUACUUCGCCCCUAGCUUUCGCUGUCAAUUCCAUCUUCUUAAUUCCGUUCUUGUCCCCGUAAGUGAUUAUGUCGCGGGCGGUCCUUGCCUCUUUUGCUUGUUUGAAAUGGCGUUUGAAGUCGUGCUCGCUGUUCAACCGUACCAGGGCGGAUCGCUUGAUUCUUGUCCUCUGAAAAAUCCGGGUUCUCGACUGGGCGGUAUUCAAUGCAGAUCAUUCAUAUGGUUGUCUUGUGCUUUGUUGUAUCCUUUCAUUUCUUUGGUCCGCCUCCUGAAUGGGAGCCGGUUCGCCGCCGCACUUCUUCUUGAAGAAUCGGACCUAGAAACCAGACAUAUGGGCCCACAGUUGUACGUCAGUCUUCGAAUGGCCAAAGAGCCCGAUAGACGAGAGUCGGCUCGGAGACUGGUAAACUCGUCUAGGAAAGUACUCCCUAGCGUGAGGCUCAACGUCGCCGAGGGUGUUUUCCUUGCUCUAUGCCUUAGUUGGAUCCCGAGUGCUCGCUCAUCAGCAGCAUCUUUCCUCAGCUGGUUUAGCCUGAGGCAAACAGCAUCCGGGGGCCCCAUUCUAUGCUGA